AUGUCAUUUAAUGAUGCUAGAUUUAAUCAGGAUGGAACUUGUAUAUGUGUGGCUAAUGAUCAUGGAUUCAAAAUCCUAAAUACCAAUCCAUUAGUAAUCACUUGUGAUCGAGAUUUGCGUAAUAAGAAUGUCGGAAGUAUUGGAAUCGCAGAGAUGUUGUACAGGUCAAAUUUGUUGGCUUUGGUUGGGAAUGGAGAGUAUUACGACAUUCGUAAAGGCGCAAUGAGAUCAGUACACCGUUUCAUCAAACCUUGGAAACAAAACGUUGUUACAGUUUGGGAUGACAAAAAACAUGUUGAAGUUGUUCAGCUUGUUUUCAAUGAUUCAAUUCUCAAUAUUAAACUUAUGCAUGAUAUGUAUCUCGUCACGGUGGUACAUAAUAUGUCUGGACUCAAAAAUUAUUAUAGGUUGGUCGUGGUGUUGAAAUACCGAGUGUAUGUGUAUCAAAUGAGUGAUGUGAGUCUAGUGGAUUGCUCAGCAACUAUAUAUAACUUAUUUGGUAUGGUUUCUACUUCAAGUUCUAAAACUUUAAACAUUAUCGCUCAUCCAGGUAAAUUGAGAGGUACAGUCGUUGUCCAAUUAUAUACCAAACUGCCUAAAAAGUCGUCAUUUUCAGAUGAAGAUGAACUUUUUUCACAAGAACCAAGGAGCGAAAAUAAUGUAGAGUCCAUGGAAAGUUUUUACCUGAAUGAAAUUUUGGAAUCUGGAGAAGAAGUUGGAAGUUAUAAUAAAGUAGUGCUAAAGAUGAAGUUGCAUAGGAGUGAUAUUACAGCUGUUACCCUGAGUCCUAACGGAUAUCUUAUGGCCACUAGCUCUCAAGAAGGACGCUUUAUAAAGCUGUUUGAUACUUUAUCAGGAGAACUGAUCCAAGUGUUUCGAAAAACAAAUCGCUUCGGUCGAGUUACAAGAUGUGUGAUCGAUAAAGAUUCAAGAUGGUUAGCAGUAGUGACCGACCGACCUAAACUAUAUGUGUAUGAAAUAGACCACGAAGCAGUUAGAGAUUGUGAAUUUGGGAACCUAAACCGUAAAAUAAACUUCGCAAAUUCGUGUAUUGUUGAUAUUAAUAAUGAUGAUUCGGAAGUGGGAAAGUACUUCAAAAUGUAUAAAUAUUCCAUAAUUAACCCCGCAACAAGUUGCUGUCGUGAUAAAUUCUGCAAUAAAGUAGUAAAUAAGACCAUUAUGCUAUUACAAUCUUUCCCAUACAUUUGCUCAUACAAGUAA